AGCGCCGCGAUAUAUCCUGCCAGUUUAUUCUGUCAUUAGCAACAAUGGCUGGGGACUGGCGAGGUUUUGCUCAGGGACAAGCCGACUGGCUCGCCAGUCGUGUGAGGAAUUCCGUUUCAUCGAUGGAGAGCUACGUGAGGACCCAGUUCGGGCUCGAUUUGGGUUUGCAGCACGAGCGGUACCCGCCGUGGCUGCUGUUAUUGACGGCCGCCACCGUCGGACUGCUGCUGCUGCUCGGUGUCGCCUUCUGCGGAGCGUCGUGGGUGGGAGUCAAAAAGCGACGGAGCCAGGGCAAAUCUGGCGAGUCCAACAAAGCCACGGUGGUAAAAAAUGUCAAGCCUCAGGAGCCGAAGAAGAGGAACAGGAAGAAGGCGACGGAAAAGAAAGUUCUUUCAAAUGGACAACCAGCGACCAUAGCACAGCAUCCUGUCAAAGCCCCUGAAGUGGUUUCCAAGAAGCCCCCUCUGACCAGGGCUGCUAAGGCAGCAGCACCAAAAGCACCGAAAGCAGCUGCCGCAGCAGCAGCAGCAGCAACGCAGGUGAAAAAGGAGAGCACAAAAACCAAAACUGAAGUCAAACUUGUCCAGCCUGUGUCUACAAACAGUGGGAGAUCACACGAUGAAGGUGCGUGGGAAACCAAAGUCAGUAGUCGGGAAAGGAGGCAGCAGCGCAGGAAGGACAAGAACUCAGAAACAUCUGUCAGUCACGGAGGGGGGGUUCCUGGCAAGAUCCUGCCCGAGGCUUCUGUGGCUAAGAACAAAAAUAAGAACCCUGCUAACGUCCACUUUGUGCCGACCAGCAGAAGAGCUGAGGCUACUGACAACAACGAUGGAGGGUGGAUUGAUGUUUCCUCUAAGGGUUCGGCCCGUGUCGGCCCAACAGAAGGGGCUAAAAGUGGCUCUAACCCUUCGGCUCCAAAGUUCAAGGCUCCGUCUGAAGCACAGGAGAAACCAGUGCGGACUGGCACACACGGCAUGAAGAAGUCAGACCUCAACCCCGUCUCAUUCUCGACGAUAAACCCCGCAGACUCCAGGACAACUGCAGUGGAGUUUCAGUGGUCAAGCCAGCGAGGCGUUGACGAUGACUGGUCGGCACUGAAUGGAGUGGUUUCCAUGGACACCAGCUCAGACUGGAAUGCUCCGGCUGAGUAUUGGGGGAACUACGAGGACCCUUCAGCGACCAAGAUGCCAAUGAGUCAACCUGCCACCACCAAGGAGGAAGAAAAAGAUGCAGCGGCCAAAUCAAGGAGGAGAAGAAAGAAGAAGAGGACUGACAUGGAGGCUUCACCUGAGAUGUUGAGCACCAUGGUCAGUGCAGCACCAAGACCACCUCCAGAGCCUCCAGCUGUGCAGUCCACUCACAAGAAGCUGCCUGUUGAGCCACCUCAACCUGCCCUGAAGACAAAGAAGAAGAAGAAGUAGUUCAGAAAGGACACAGCACAGUGCAGGUCCAGAGCAACAUUAUGCAAACAGUAGAUUAACGUGUCACAUGCAAUAACAAACAGGUCUUUUCUUCUCCUGCUGAACAUCACUGACCCAUAAAGAAACAGUCAAUAUCAUCUACUUUUAUAUAUCAAACAAAUUAAUCAGGUCCUGUGGACUGAAAACGUCAAUAAUUUGCACUAUUUUGGGGGUACAUGUUCAUAUUUUUAAAAUGGGUUAAUUUCUUCUUAAGCCAAGAUGUAUGUGACCUCCCUAAAAUGGUUUGCUAUAUAUUUUUUAAAAACAUUUUUUUUAUUGUACCACAUGUUUCCUCUUUUUAAGGAUAGGAUGCUUUAUUUUGUUUACAGAAAAUGUUUUUUAAUCCCUCGAACUGCUCUUUAGAACCUUUGCCGGGAGAGUGUACAGGAAAUUCACAGAGUGAGGCAGGAUUACGUUGUCUUCUUUAAGUUUGGGUCCACUUGUCAGGCAACUUCACGGGUGGAAAAAUAUUCAGCAUGUAGUUCCCAGACUUUGAUUCUCAAUACUCCCAUUAAGCUCUUUUGUCUUAUUUCUCACUUGGGUUUAGUGUUUACCUCAGAAAGUAGCAGUCACAUUCUGAACUAGAUGAUACAGUAUGAAGUUGAAAAUCGCUGUCUUAAAGUCAAUAUUUCAACACAAAUCCCAGCCUAAAUUGAUUUGUAAAAAGGUCAGGAAGUAGAAUAGAGAAGGGGUGAGUGGUGAUUUUAGAAGCUGAUGUCAAAAAAAAUGAAGGUAGAACUAUAUUUUUGUUAGAGUUCCAUAGCUGUAGAUUUGUACAGUUAUUGCUCCCUAUAAAUAAGUGGCAGCUUCACUCAAUGAAGGAAAUGUUAUUUAUUAAUAUGCAGCAUACUCAAACUUAUUGUCUUAAAUUGAGUUUUUAUUUGUUUGGUGAGUGACAGAUGUGUAAACUCUUACUUUGGCAAAAGAAAGAAAACUCUGCUAACCUACCUAAACUAUUGCAUAAGAGGAUUUUACACACAUUUAGCUAGUUUACUGGUCAUAUAAAUCCAUUCAUACUGUCCAUAUCAACAUCCCAGCCUCAUUUUGAUAGCGAAAUUUGAAGCAGCUAUAUUUAUUUUAGACGAUGACACUGAAUGUACAGACUUAGAAUUCUGCAUGUAUUUACUUCCUUGUGCAGUAGCAGUAACUGGACAGCAGGUGUCACUGUAAGGUUUUGAGCGCUGCGAGACAAACGCAUUACGCCGUCGUACCGUCCCAAUAUUUGCUCACGCUAACCAGUGAACUGCCAAACGUUUGUUUAACAAUUAUCAGUAACUAUCUAAAAAUCUUGUGCUUUAUUUUCCUCAAUCUUGUGUAAAAGUCUGCGCCAUAUUUCCAGACUUUUAAGGGCUGUUUUCCCACGUGAUUCAUGCACUGUGCAGAAGACUACUCCACUAGAUGUCAACUGAUUGUUUUUACUGUUUUAUUUCGAAUGUGAACUGUAAAAUAAAUAAAAAAUGGAAUCAACGUGACUCUAACACAGGCUGUAAAAAUGAAUUUAAUUGUAUUAACAUGUAGUUGUGUUUAUAGUUUUUGGAGAAUUUGGAAAAUUCCAAGUAAUUGUACAUUUCUAGCGCGUGAUUUUGCUUGCAUGAUUUUUAUAUUGGUUUUUAAGUUGGUAUCUAUUUAAAUGGGUAAAAAUGUGCCGAUCGAUAAUGUGAAAUGUUCCUUUGGCUACCAGAAUUGUAAACUUUUUACUGUUAAAUUAAUAAAGCAAGUGUUUAAAA